UGCGUCGCCUUCUCACCAUCCUCUCUGACCCUGAUCGCGUCCUCCUAAUCAUCCCCGUACGACUGGGGACCUCCACAAGGAUGUACUCAACUCUGUGGGAUUCCGGUUCUCAAGGCGACUUCAUUCACCCACGCGUGGUGAAAGAAGCCCGCUUACCCACGACAGGGUCUCCGACUCCCAUCUCCGUUACCCUAGGGGAUGACAAGACCCAGCGCUUCUUCGAUCAGACGGUCACCKACCUCCCCUUCUUCCUCACUCUCGAGCCGACUGAUCGUCCCCCGGCGUCUCGUCGCCACCGCUCCUCUGCACAUUUAGAUGUGAUGGAGACGGGGUACGACUUCAUUCUUGGCACUCCGUGGUCUCGUCGGUUCCGCAGCACCGAGGCCGAUUGGGCGAUCAACACUCUCAGUCUCAAAACGAAGUGUGGACAGACGUAUCGCGUACCUUUCAUAGGUACCACUGCGACACCACGCCCCGAUUCCCUUCCCUUGGAGCCUUCCGUGCCCACAACAUCUCCUUGUAUCACUGUCACCUCGCCUCGGCAGUUCGCCCACUUCAUCCGACAGGACGACGUCACCUUCUUUAUGGUGAACGUGACGGAUCUCUUACACUAUGAUCCACCCUGUCCCGACGCCGAGCUCAUCCCUCUGGAGCCAGAUCCUUCUUCUAUCUCCAUGGCUCCCAUCGCUACUUCCGUCCCUCCGCCGUCCGUCGAGUCCACCCCGCCGUCGCGCGCUGACGCUGACACCAAGGAACUCGCACGAUAUACGGCUGACCUGGAGCCCGCAGUUCGUGACCUCAUCCGAGAGUACCAUGGCGUUUUCCCAUCGUCGUUCUCGUACGCCGACAUCCCACCGAUGCGUGACGUCGAGCACUCCAUCGAGCUUGUGCCUGACUAUCGUGUUCACCACCAGGCACCCUACGGACUCUCGAUCCCCGAGGCCACCGAACUCAAGCGUCAGCUUGAGGAGCUCCUGAGACUGGGUUUCAUUAAACCCAGCAACUCCCCGUGGGGUGCACCCGUCCUCUUUGCUCGCAAAGCGGAUGAAACUCUUCAUCUCUGCAUCGACUACCGCGGUCUCAACCGCUACAUGGUUAAGAACAACUACCCCAUGCCCCGUUCCGAUGAGCUGUUCGGCCGCCUAGCAGGCAACCGCUUCUUUACAAAGAUUGAUCUUCGUAGCGGUUACCAUCAGAUCCGCGUCGCUGCAGUCGACCAGCCGAAGACCACGUUCCAAUCGCGCUUUGGCCACUACGAGUUUACGGUGAUGCCAUUCGGCCUCACCAACGCACUCGCUACCUUCCAAAGGGCGAUGAACGACAUCUUCAGGGACAUCUUGGAGCAGUACGUUCUCGUCUACCUCGACGAUAUCCUGGUCUACAGUUGUACCCUUGAGGAGCACCUCAGACACCUCCGCGACGUCCUUGACUGCUUGCGCAGACAUGACUUCUACGCCAAGUUGAGCAAGUGCCGCUUUGCCCAACACAAAGUGUAUUUCUUAGAUUGGACACCCCUCCACGAGGACGCCUUCCACGCCCUCAAGAAGGCGGUGACAUGCGCACCGGUUCUUCACUUACCCGAUUUUGAUCGCCCUUUUAUCCUUACCACUGAUGCGUCAGACUUUGCUGUAGGAGCAGUGCUUUCUCAGGUCUUCCCCUCCUACCCUGAUUCCUCUCAUCCUCGUAUCCCUCGCUUCCCACCACCUACCCCUUCCACUGCUUCCCGACUGACGCCUACUCGUCCAGCUACUGACGAGCCUUCUAUUGACUAUUCUCCUACCAUCGCCGAGGACGGCACUGUCGAGUCUCGCUCAGUGCGAACCACUUGCCUUAUGGUUUUCUCCAGCCUCAUCCUAUCCCUGAGGGUCGUUGGCAGUCCAUCUCGAUGGACUUUAUCGGUCCCCUUCGUCCUCCGACCCCUCGCGGUCAAUGAUGCUAUCCUGGUCGUCGUCGACCGCUUCACGAAGCGUGCACGCUUUGUUCCGUGCCGCUAUGCCAUUAGUGCACGUGAGGUCGCCGACAUCGUGUUUGACCGAGUCGUGCAUGACCACGGCUUACCUCUGAGCAUCAUAUCUGACCGUGACCCGCGCUUUACCAGCCGAUUCUGGCGACGGCUCCACGAGGUGUACGACACUCAGCUCCGCUUCUCCUCGUCUUACCAUCCUCAGACUGAUGGUCAGACCGAGAUCACGAACAAAACUCUCGGAGACAUUCUCCGAAAGAUUGUUCGUGACGACCAGCAGUGGGAUCUCCAUCUUGCCCACGCGGAGAUAGCCUACAACCACGCCGUCUCGCCAGCCACGGGGAUGUCGCCCUACUAUUGCGAUCUCCACUAUCACUCGCAUGUUUCCGCGGACUUCCUUCGACCGUCCCAGCUGCACCCCGACAAGAGUUGUCCCGCGCUGGAUGAUUGGCUUGCAUACAUGACGUCGAUCAUGAAGACCGCACAUGAGCACAUAGCCGCUUCCCAGACUCGCAUGGCAGCACGUGCGAACCGAUCGAGGAUGGAUCAUCCAUUCAAAGUCGGUGAUGAUGUGCUUAUCGACGCCCGCCACUUACAACUCGAAGCGGACACGCUUCGCAAGUUUCGGCGUCGCUUCUUUGGCCCAUACCGCAUCCUCCAGGCCGUCAGUUCUGAUAUGGCAUCUAGCCCGGUCAGCUUUCGUGUGAAGUUGCCUGACUACCUACGCCAGACUCGUGUGCACGAUGUCUACCACGUCUCAUUACUGCGUCCUUACCACAGACUGUCUGAGCGUUUCGCUGAACGACCAUACGAGCGCCCUCCACCCAUCAUGGUGGACGGCCACGAGGAGUUCCUCAUUUCAAACAUCAUUGGUCGCCGAGCCACCGACGACAACCCUCCCCACGUCGAGUAUCUCAUAAGUUGGAAGGGUUACCCUGAUGAGGACGCCACCUGGGAGCCCCUCGAGCACUUGCAGCACACUCGCAUGUUGGUGCGUGCCUAUGACCGUGCUCGUGGUGCUGGGUUCACUGCUCCUCCUCAGCCCACUGACCCUCCUCCUUCUCCCCCGGCUGAGGAGACCGCUGAAGUCGAGCCUGCUUCAUCCGAGGCAGACCUUCAGCAGCAGCCGGAUGCUUCUGAGCGUCCACAGCGCACUCGUCGUCGUCCUGCUCGAUACGACGAUUGACUCUGACUUACCUUCCCACGUCCUUGACUUCUCAUACUCCAUCUACUCCAGUUUUGCUACUUUAGCUCGUCGACAUUGCGGCUCUUCCUCGACAACAUUCCGGACUUCUCAUCGUGGACGUCAUCGGCAACUUCAUCGACUUCGUCACGAUCAGCUCUGCUUACUUCAAACGUCACCACUCUCUUACCACUUUACCCUGUACAGUACCCUGCUUGUGUCGCAUGAUGGCCUCCCUUUAGCCGGGUUCCUCUGAGUUGGGCUCUCCCUUGGUAUACGCAUAGGCAUCG